AUGUAUUUUCCCAUGCAGCAGCUGGGUCAAUGGUUCAACUACAGGUCCACCCACUACCUCACCUCCAAUGGCUUCUACGAGUUCCUGAACUGGUUUGACGAGCGGGCGUGGUAUCCACUCGGAAGGAUAGUUGGGGGCACGGUAUAUCCAGGUCUGAUGGUGACUGCUGGCCUCAUCCACUAUGUGUUGAGCCUGCUCCACAUAACGGUCCACAUCCGUGACGUGUGCGUCUUCCUGGCGCCCGUCUUCAGCGGCCUGACUGCGGUCUCGUCCUUCCUGCUGACCAAAGAGCUCUGGAACCAGGGGGCGGGGCUACUGGCCGCCUGCUUCAUCGCCAUAGUACCCGGAUACAUCUCCCGGUCGGUCGCCGGGUCGUUCGACAACGAGGGGAUAGCCAUCUUCGCCCUGCAGUUCACAUACUACUUAUGGCAUAUGAAUGUUGUUGCUGCAGGAUAG